AGAACAUGAAGGAGAAAGGAGAGUUUUGUGCUGCUGGUUAACUUAGGUUAUGUGAUUAUGUCUUAAUCGGUUUGAAUUUAGAUGUAAAAAAAAGAAAAAUACUGUAGCUUUAACUUAAAUAUUUCAAUAAAAUGUCUCGAUACUGCUCGAUUGCCACAUGCCAGCAGUUUUCUCGUACAUUAAAAGCGGUGACGAAUAACUUGAAAAACCAGAAAUAUGAAAAGUUUGUAGAAUUAUUUUUGCAAAAUAGAAGUACAACAGCCACGUCCAAUUUUUUGAAUAAAACAUUGAAAAAUAUUUCACAACUUCAUAUAAACUCUUUAAAUGAAACUACAAGUUCCUGCAACUCAAACGAAACGAGAAAUAAAAAGAUCAAAAAUACGAAGUUACGAAAAGAAAUUUUAAAAUUAUGUACUAAUGUUCAAAGAACAUUUUCCAAAAAGGAAACAUUUUUAUGGUCUGCUGCAGCUGUAUCAGUUACAGAAAACGUUAGUAAACAAGUGGAUUCUACUUCAGCACCUAUCAACCUUCAAAGCAAUAUUCCAACCAAAGUAGAACCAGUAAUUGAAGCUAUACCUGAACCUCCAGUAGUUGAAGCCAUACCUGAACCUCCUUUAAUUCCAGAAGGAGUUGCAGAACUUGUUAAUCAGUUGCAUGCUAAUGGUGAAGCUACUUUUGCAUCUUUAGGAUUGGGAGGUUACACUCCAGUAGGCUUAAUACAGAACUGUUUUGAAUAUUUGCAUUGUACAUUAGGUAUUGAGUGGUGGGCAGCAAUUGCUCUUGGUACUCUAACAGUCAGAUUGUUACUCUUUCCAUUGGUGAUAUUGGCACAAAGAAAUGCUGCUAAAAUGAAUAAUUACCUUCCUCAAAUGCAGAUAUUGCAAUUGAAAAUGACUGAAGCAAGGCAAACUGGCAAUCAAAUGGAUGCAGCACGCUAUUCUCAGGAACUAAUGGUGUUUAUGAAAGAAAAAGGAUUAAACCCUUUAAAAAAUAUGAUAGUUCCUUUGGCACAGAUGCCGAUUUUCGUUUCAUUUUUUAUGGGCCUUCGACAAAUGGCCAAUGUGCCAGUGGAUAGUUUGAGAACAGGAGGCAUGUGGUGGUUUACUGAUCUGACUUUACCUGACCAAUACUUUCUUUUACCCAUAAUCACCAGUGCUACAUUGUAUUUAACAAUUGAGUUAGGAACAGAUACAGCUAAGUUGUCUUCCCAGAAUAUGCAGAUGAUGAAAUAUGUUUUGAGGGGAUUACCUAUAUUAAUAUUUCCAUUCACCGUAAAUUUUCCUGGUGCUAUAUUGUGUUAUUGGGCAUCUAGUAAUUUUAUUUCUUUGGUACAAGUUGGUUUCUUGAGAAUACCAUCUGUCAGAGAUUAUUUUAAUAUUGAGCCCAUGCGCAAAUUUAGUCCUUCAGAUAUACCUGUUAAGCCAAAAGGAUUUAGAGAAGGGAUAAAAGACUCCUGGGAAAAUAUAAAAAUCACAAAACAGUUGGAAGAAAGAAAAAGAUUAGAUGAAUUAUAUUUUCAAAGAGCUGGUAAAGGCCCUAUUGUUAAAACUUACAAAUAUGAUCCAACAAAGCAAGCAAGCUCAGAUAAACCAACAACACCAAUGUCUGCGAAAAAUAGGUGAACAAACAUGUUAUAAUAGAA